GCGUCGCAGGUGGGCUGCUGCUGCUGCUGCUGCUGCUGCUGCUGGUGUUACCCACCUCUGUCUGAAUAUAUUCUGAGCGGAAACACUGGAACAAGCUGCGGAGCGUCGACGCACUUUGAAGGACAGAAAAAAGACAAGAGUCGCUCGGAGACGGUUCGCAUGGUUGGCUCCCUUAAAAGGUGCCGAGGAGACAGUCAGAGGCGUUUGUUUUAAGAGAAGGCUUGUCUAGGUGCCUUAAGUGUGUUCGCAGAAUAGCUCCAGGUGUGUUUGUGAAGACAGGAGGCAUGCAGGCAGGUGCAGCGAGGAGGUUGGUGCAGUGUCCCGUCAGCUGUUGACGCUCCGUUUUACCCUUUACGCGGACGGAAAGUGACCAUGAAGGACACGGGGGAAUCAAAGGACCAACAACUAACUGUUGCCUUGAGGAUCCGACCCCUCAGUGAUGCUGAGCAGGAGGAGGCGGCCACAAUAGUGGCCCACAGACUAGACGACCAGAUGGUGGUUCUGAUGGACCCCAUGGAGGACCCUGACGACAUCCUGCGUGCCAACCGCUCCCGGGAGAAGACGUACAUGUUUGACGUUGCGUUUGAUUACUUAGUCAGUCAGGACGAAGUGUAUCGAGCUACAACCAAAGAGCUGAUCGAGGGCCUCAUAUCAGGCUACAAUGCCACCGUGUUUGCCUACGGACCCACAGGUUGUGGGAAGACCUACACCAUGUUGGGGACCGACAAGGAGCCAGGCAUCUACGUCAGGACGCUAAACGACCUGUUCCGUGCCAUCGAGGAGACAAGUGACGACAUGUCGUACAGCGUCUCCAUGUCCUAUCUCGAGAUCUACAACGAGAUGAUCAGGGACUUGCAACCGUCGUCUGGUUUCUUGGACCUGAGAGAAGACUCCAAAGGUGUUAUCCAGGUUGCCGGCAUCACAGAAGUUUCUACCAUCAAUGCACAAGAGAUCAUGGAAUUACUCAUGAGGGGCAAUAAACAGCGCACUCAGGAGCCGACAGCUGCCAAUCAGACGUCAUCUCGCUCCCACGCCGUGCUGCAGGUGGCCGUCAAGCAGCAGAGCCGGUGUCGAGAAGUCCUGCAGGAGGUCCGCUUCGCACGCCUCUUCAUGAUCGACCUCGCCGGCUCCGAGCGAGCAGCACAGACUCAGAAUCGGGGUCAGCGGUUAAAAGAGGGGGCUCACAUCAACCGCUCCCUCCUCGCUUUGGGAAACUGCAUCAAUGCCCUGAGCGAAAAAAACGGCAACAAGUACGUCAACUACCGGGACAGCAAGUUGACUCGACUACUAAAGGACUCGUUAGGCGGGAACAGCCGGACGGUCAUGAUCGCCCACAUUAGCCCCGCCUCUAUGGCGUUUGAGGAGUCUCGUAACACGCUGACGUAUGCCGACCGUGCCAAAAGCAUCCGUACACGGGUGAAGAAGAACCUGAUAAAUGUGUCGUACCACAUUGCUCAGUACACAAACAUCAUCUCAGACCUGCGCAGCGAGAUCCAGCGGCUCAAGCAGAAGAUCGCGGAUCAGGCGAGCCGCCAGCUCAACUCUGACCGCACUGACAUCCGACAUGUUCAGGCUGAGGUCCAGGCUCACUCCAGCCAGCAGAGCCGGGCGGAGAUGGACCAGUUGCGGGAGCAGCUCCUGGAUGCUUUCCGCCAACAGAUGGAGAUCAGGAGGAGCCUGAUGGAGCUGGAAAACAGCAACAUGGAGAUCCAGAUCGACACCUCAAAACACCUGCUCACCAUUGCAGACUGGGAGCAGGAGAAGAGUAGGCGCAGGAGAAAGUGGCGGGCUGAGAGGAGGAAGGAGAGUGUCAACAAGGACGACAGCGAGAAGGACUCGGACUCCCCUGAGUCUCCUCCGGACAGCACAGAGACGCAGCAGGUGGCGAUGGCCCGAGAAAACCUCGUAACCCUCAUGGCUGAACAAAAAAGAAUCAACAAACAGAAGGUAGGAUUCUUCAUCAACGUUUUUUUCUUCAUGGUGUUUUUAUACUUUUUAAAACUAAAACCAUGCUGUUCUCACCUAAAGGCGUUGCUCGAGCGCAGGUUCCUGGAGCUGCGGGAUCGUGCCCGGCGACUCGAGGAGCUGCUCCCUCGGCGCGUGAGCUCCGAGGAGCAGCGGGAGGUGCUGGGUCUCCUCUGUAAAGUGCACGAGCUGGAGAUUGAGAAUGCAGAGAUGCAGUCUCACGCGCUGCUCAAGGACAACGUCAUCAGGCACAAAAACUUUGUGGUGCAGCGCUUCGAGCAGCACAGACACCUGUGCGACGAGAUCAUCCAGCAGCAGAGGCAGUUCAUUGAUGAUCACAGUCUGUUAGUGCCUCCACACCUGCAGGAGCUGUAUGAUAUGUACAUGAGGGAGCUGGAGGAGAGGAAGCUGGACCGAGCCAUGGCCCUGGACAAAGUGACCACCAGACACACCAUCAAGGAGGGCUCUCUACCCAAGAUCACUCUGCCCGGUCAGGGUCGUGAUAACACACAGGACAUGGACUCGGACCAGGAGAGCGUGCGCAACAUGUACUCUGAUAACAGACGAGGCCAAACGAAAACCCGCAGACACACUUUACCCCCCAUUCUGCCUGAGCCGGAGCUGGACAGCAACAGGGUGUUUAAGAACAGCCCUCACGCCCGGCAGAUGAAAAACUCGGCUGUGAUGACUCCGCCCCCGAUUCACAUCAACGGGAAGGGCAACAGAGAGCUGCAGCCAUUGGCUCCUGAAGGCUCCCUGAGCUACAGCCACCUCAGCCACAGUGUGAGCAGCCACCUGGACUCAUCGCCCGAGAGCAGCGAGGCCGGGGCUGAAAUCCCUCUUUCAAGACACGAGCGUCAGCAGAUCCUAAAGGGGGUCCAGAACAUUGUUGUGAAAGCGGCCCGUAGGCGCUCCAAAGCCCUGGAGGUGGAUGCCUUACGGUUGCACCUCCCCCCCUCUCCUCUGGACCCCAAGAAGCAGAAGAGCAGCCUCUCUCUGAGCGAGGCUCCCCCCGCAGGUCUACCGAUGCGGCGCGGCAGGCAGCCCAGCCCCGAGCUCAGGCACGCCACCUCCGACGACAACCUGUCCAGCAGCACGGGGGAGGGGUCCAGCCUUCAGGUGACCUGGACACGGCCGCGCAACCGCCAGGUCAGCAACAAGAACCAGACGCCGCGGGAUGUGGACUUUGAGGCUCGUCGGAAGAAGAGGCGCUCACGCUCCUUUGAGGUCACCGGGCAAGCGCUGCCUCAAACCAAGACGACCACAGCUCAGAGGUUUCGCCCUCUGGACAGCACAUCAGACCCCCAUCUCCACAACAACACCCUUCCCCAGGCCCCCAUGCUCCGCCCCCAGUACAGAGGGGUCCCUCCCCUCGCCAAAGUCAGGGCUCCCCACUUCAGCCAGCAUUCAGGCUCAAACGCAGAGUCCUCCACAGCCUACAUGAAUAAUCUGAAGCGAGGGCCUCAGCUGCGUCAACCACAGCCCCUCCUCUACAUCACCACGUCAGGCGCCGGGGGCCAGCGCACACGCAGACACUGAGCCACUACACACCUUUAUCUCCCAACACCAGCACUUAACAUCCACGCCAGCCAAACUUGCACGGGAAAGUCGUCAUCAUUAAAAUGAACAGUGAACCCCCUCAGUGGCUGACAUCAGGCAAGACUGUGAGGCAGAAUGGUAGAGAGGAAAACAGACUGAGACCUCCACACAGGUCUCUCUCUCUCUCUCUGCUUUUGUUGUGCACACUGAGCAAGAGGCAAGAUUGUUAGAUGUACAGUGUUUGGGUCCUGUCAAGUGUUUCCACUUUAGCUUGCUGUCGUUCAGAGCUAUGUUAUCGUUAAGUCAGGAUGGUUCCCCCCCCCCCCCCCAUGAAUGCAACAUGGUACUAAUGUUUGUGCUUUACCGUGAAUUUGGUCAUUUUCAGUGUUUGUUACUGAGGGAGAAACUGAAAAAAGAAGCUCAUAUGGGAUGUUUAUGGGGAAUUGUCUGAUAGAGCUUUCCCCUUGAAUGUCACUGAGGAUAUUACACUAAUGGCUGUGUAAAAACUGUAUAUGAAAAAAAGGCCUAUUGUCAAAUUUAUUUUUUGUUUUUUCAGUUAAACCCCACACAAAUAAUUCAGCAUAAAUCCGCCAUUGUCUUGACUGUCAAGCAACCAUGGAUUCAAACUGAAUGCUUUCUUCUCCCACACCCCGGUCUCUGCCUUUUCCUACCAACACGUGACUGUUAAUGGUCAUGUCUUUUUGCGUUGAUGUAGAGUACCACAGAUUGCUUUUUCAGACUAGCUUGCUGUAUUUUUAAGGAUUUAUUUAACUGUUGCCUUUUAUUUUAUUUUGUUUUUAUUGGCUUUGUUUUCAUAAUUGAUACUUUCUAUGCUUUAUUUUGUACUUUUUUUUUAUUUGUUCUCAAAUAAAUUCAAAGGAGAUAA